AUGGCGCCGUCGAAAUCCUUCGAAGUGGCUAUUAUCGGCGGUGGGAUCGCCGGUGUUACUCUAGCGAUCGCUCUACAUUACCGCAACGUCCCAGUCACAAUCUACGAACAGGCACCGCAAUUUGGAGAAGUUGGCGCUGGCGUGAGCUUCAGUCCCAAUGCCGUCCAGGCGAUGAAAAGCUGUCACGAAGGUGUUUAUAAAGCCUUUGAUAAGGUCUGCACACGCAACGUCUGGCCAUCGAAGCAGAACGUGUGGUUUGACUAUCUCAACGGCUACGACAAGAAGGCCGACGGUCACCAAGAAGCGGCGUUCACAAUCACCAAUAGUUUGGGCCAGAAUGGCGUGCAUCGAGCCCGGUUUCUGGACGAGAUGGUUACGUUGAUUCCUGAGGGAAUUGCUAAGUUCGGGAAGAGGCUUGAUGACAUUACGGAGAAAGACGACGGCAAGCUGCUGAUGAAGUUCCUUGACGGAACGACGGCAGAAGCAGACGUUGUCAUUGGGUGUGACGGCAUCAAGUCACGGGUUCGCCAGCUUAUCGUCGGUGUGGACCAUCCUUCUGCAUAUCCCACCUACACGCACAAAUAUGCCUACCGAGGCCUGAUACCAAUGGAAAAGGCGGUGGAAGUCCUGGGAGAAGAGCGGGCCAAGAAUGCUUGUAUGCAUGUAAGUAUUGUCGAUGUCCCAAUCUUUCUAGACCAGGGAAAGCUAACAAUCCUGCAGAUGGGGCCGGAUGGUCACUUGUUGACCUUUGCUGUUAGCCAUGGCACUAUUUUGAACAUUGUGGCAUUCCGAACGCAAAGUGAAGAUUGGCCUGAUUAUCAAAGACUGACGAGGCGAGCUAGACGGGAAGAUGCUCUUCGGGAUUUUGCUGAUUAUGGCGCGAAUGUGAUCAAUCUGUUAAAACUGACGGAGGAAAACCUCGACGUGUGGGCAAUAUUCGAUCUAGGCGAGAAUCCUGUCCCCACAUUCUACAAAGGGCGACUGGCUAUCUCUGGAGACGCAGCACACGCCACUUCACCUCAUCAUGGCGCUGGAGCAGGACUCUGCAUCGAGGAUAGUGCCAUUCUCGCCGAACUGUUUGCAGAUGAGAACGUGAAAACACAGCAGGACCUAGAAGGUGUCUUGGCAGCUUUUGACGCUUCCAGGAGAGAGCGAGGCCAAUGGCUCGUACAAAGUAGUAGAUUCAUUGGUGAUAGCUACGAAUGGCGGGCUGAUGGUGUAGGUGACGACUUUAAGAAAAUCGAGUCUGAGAUCAUUCGGAGAAAUGGUAUUAUUUCAGAUAUCGAUAUGGGAAAGUUGAUCGCCGAGGCAAAGGCUGAUUUGAAGCAAAGGCUGUCCCUUCCUGGGAGGAGCAACUUAUGA